UUGCAGAAUGAAUACAUCUAAACCAGACAUCGGAUAAAAGAAAGCAAAUCUUUGUUUAUAGGCAAAUAAAGGAAAAGGUAAUCUAUCGCUUUAAGUCCAGAUAUGUGACGUCACAUUCCCGGUUGACUUGGAGGGAGAAGACCGCGGAGGCACUGUACUGCCGAGAAUGGGCAUCCCCCCCAAACAAUUAUUGUAAAAGCUUUGCGUUUGUAGUGCAGUAAAUCAAAGACGAGACUUUAGUUCGAAUGAUGGCGCCGACAGAGCGGACAGGUUGUGUAGCCGCAUGGUCCCAGGUGAUCCUUUUCAGCGUGUCGGCAGUCGUUAUCCUUGCGGAGCGAACCGCGCUGAUCUUCAGCCUCGUGCACUACCUCCUGAUGGGCCAGAUGUGGUGGGCGGGGCUGACCCUGGGCCUCACCUUGCCGGGUGCUGGUGUUCAGGUGCUGAGCUUCCUGUGGUACCGGGCUGAUGGGGCCAGGGGCUGGCCUCUCCUCUUGGUGCACUUUCUGCAGUUGGGGCUCUACAGAAGGUACUGGGACUGUAUUUUGUGUCUCUGCCGGGCACAAGGCACAGUAGGCGAGCUUGGGGCUGUGGUGAUGCAACAAGCUGAUGUUUCUGCAUUGCGCCUGCUGGAGGCGCUGUUGCUCUCUCUUCCACAAGCUCUGCUGCAGACCUACCUGCUGAUGACCACCGAUGUGGGCUUGUUGUCCCCAGUGGCUCUGUGUUGUGCUCUCUGCCUGCUGUCCUUGUCCUGGGCGCUGGUCCUGUACAGCAGGGCAUGCUGCCUUAUUCGACCUGGGCACCUGACCAUGCCACCAGCUGCUCUGCUAUGCCAGCUUCUCUGGAGGGUGGGCAUGCUGGGUGCCAGGAUCUCCAGUCUCAUGUUCUUUGCAAGGGUCUUCCACUGGUGGGUCUAUGGAGUUGCAGGUUUCCACUGGCUGGUUGCAUCAUUUUGGCUCGUCUCUCAGCAGACAGAUAUCUGCAGCAGUACGUGGCACUGGCGCCUCUUCAAUUGCAUUCUGGGUGCUGUACACGUUUUCUUUUUUCUCAACGUGAAGGACGGUCCCUCCCGGUUUCGAGUGGCCGGAUUCUAUGUGGUCAUGCUGCUGGAGAACGCCACACUCCUGCUGUCUGCCUCUGACUUUCUCAGCGCUGCAUCCUGGGAUAACACAGGGGUCUCCACUGCAGUGCUGUGCAGUUUUCUCAUGGGUCUCACCUCGUUGGUCUUGUAUUACCGCUUCCUGCACCCUAAGUCCACGGAAAUCUCCCAGAGCCUCCGCCAUGGCCAGAUGGGAAGUGCAUGCUGGGAGAAAGGCGAAUCUUCCUUCUCGUUAGGGGACAAGACCGUGGCUGCCUCCUCUGUCCAUGCUCUUGGAAGCUGCUGCAGAACAGGAGCAGCAGGAUCACUAGUGGGACACGCCGGGACGUGUGGGGCUGAGCCUGGCGGGCAGUGUAGACACCACCACUGGCUGCUUGUGCGCCUGGCCCUGAAGACGGGAGACUUGGCUAAAAUCAACCACAGCUACGGUGCUGGGGGAACCGCAGCCAUCCUGGACGCGGAGGAGUUCAUUCCAGAGACGAAGGACGGGCCUUCUUCCCCUGUUUCCGACUGGGAGCAUGCUGUUAUUCCCUUUUCGGAAUUCCCAAGGGAAGAGAGUCAGAGUGCCGCUGAUCCGGCCUUCCCUAAAGACCAUGAAGAAGGUGGUAAGAUGGAGAUGGGGACUCCUCUGGGGUCUCAGGAAUCUGAAUUCAGGAGGGGGUCCCCAGAAGGGAAAUCCGUGCUGGAUGAUAGCCCAGAACCAAACGUCUGUCCCACGGAGUCCAGCUCAACUCUGUAUUUCAGCGCAGACCCCCAGUCUCCAAGCAGUGCGAGCAACCCAGGCCUGGAGAAGGAGGUUCCUGGACUUGGUGUGGACAACCUGGGAGAACUUAGUCCCAUAUCCAGCGACACGGGGCCACAUCAGGAGCCGAAGGGAAUGCUAGGCAGGGUCGAGCCACGGUUCACUUCAACUCCAAAACUGGAGUCAGGAGCUCAGGAAUUCACGGGUGCCCGUGCUGGAGUGGCCAGGAGGCAGCUGGUACCGUCCAGAAAGGACGAGGCUGGGCAUUUAUAAGGAUCAGAACUCGGAACCUGAUGAGCACAGCUGUCCAAUAGUCCCAAAAGUCCAGGAGAAGACAAUGUUUUCUCUGUUGAAAGAGAACAAAGAUCUUUUUUUCCUGUUGCACAUGGAAUUUUACUGAACACUGCUGAUAAAGUAUAAACCAACAAGGUAGUGAUGAAGCUCCCUUUUUGCAGAAACUCUCUACAUGUUUCAUUUUUAUUUGACUGCCUUUCAGGAGGUACGUAUAUCUGUAAAAAAUAUUAUGGCUACUAGUACUAACUACAGUAAUGUUGUUUUAUUUAUGACUUUACAUCCAUAAGGUACAGUACCUGAGUGCUAAUAUUAUGAUAAAAAUAUUCUGCCUUGCUAGAUAUUAUCCAAAAUGCCUAAUGUGCUUUUUAAAAAAUAUUUAUAAGCAAUUUAAUUUUCUUGUGUGCUUUUCAAACCUUUUUUUUAAAAAAGAUUUUAAAAUGUUUUUAAAUCGUCAUCAUUAUGUAUAGUAAUGCCUACGUUGAUAGCGAGACCUGAAAAGAAGAAAAAACUAUGCAUGCAGUCAUGUGAAAAACCUGAGAUGACAAUUCUGUGAUUGAAAUUCCUUUACAUAAUAUAAGAGUGGCUAAUGCUCUACAGGUUGGGAGGGCAUGUAUUUUUCUGAAACUCCUGCGAUGAUCCCUGCAGAUGUGUUAAUUCCCAAUGUUUCAAAUUGAUGGAUCUUUAUGGUACAGUAAUACCUCAUUAUUCGAUAAAUGAAUUGGUACCUAGACCCUUUUAACCCUAUUCACCGGUCUGCUGGUAGAUGUCCCAUUACCAGGAUAUCACAUAAGGUACUGUAACUGGUGUCCAUUAAUUAGUAUUUGUGAUUAAUUUUCUGUGUUGUAUAAAAAGCUGCAACAGGCAAUUUUAUUUGUGUUAGUUAACAGUCAGCAGUGUUGAUUGAUAGGUUUUACUUACUCUUUCAUUGACACUCCAGGGAGGAAAAAAUAUGUUGCACUGACAUUAGGUACUUAUCUGAUGAAUUUAUCUCUGCUACUCUAAUUUUUUAUACCAAGUGAUUGUACAUAUUGCUAAGUGCAUAUUACACCUCUGUGAUUUUCCUAGUAUUUUAACAUUUUAAUGACAAUUUAGUGGGCACGUGGUUCGGCUUGAUAAUUGCUCCAGGAACAAUACUGCACGUACAGAUUUCUUAAAACCUCCUUCCGGGAUAUGUACGAUGUACGAAUUGGCACCACAGUUUUAUCUCUGAUCAAGCACGAUCAGUUUCAAUUACCUUCUUGUCAACUUUAGAAUAGUAACAAAAAGAGGAGGCCAUCCAAGCCAUAUUGCAUAUAUUGUAGUAGCUAAUUGAUCUAAUAAGCCUACCCUUUCAAAAACAGCUGGGCAGCUUUAACAAGUUGUUACUGACUUCCAGUGUGAAUAAAAACUGUUAGUUUUUAGAAAAAGUUCUAAAUCUUCCCUGUAGUUCUCACUCUGUGAAUCAACAAAAGUGUUGAAUCAGAAGGGGUCCAUUAGGUUUUCUUUGUCAGUGCCUUUGACGGUUCUGAAUACAUAAGUCUCAACUGCUCGCAGUCUAAUCUGUUUACGAUUCAAAAUGUUCAGUUUUUUAAGCCUGUGUAGAAAUUCCUUUAAGCCUAAACAAUUAUGUUGCUUUUGUCUGGACUGAGAACAGAGCAGCAGUAUCUUUUUUUGUAUCAUGAUAACCAGCUGUACAGAAUAUACUGAAUAUACUGAAUUGUCCAAUUUUAACAUCAUUAAAUUGUAUGUUUUUAAAAAUAUAGCACACCGUUCCAGUGAA